GCAAUGCCACCUAUUUGUAAUAACUUGCAAAUCCCUAUUGUAAAGGAGACCGAGAAAAUUGGUGCUUCGCUGUGAGUGAUAGUGCUUUAUCUAUUUCAGGAAACUUGGUGAUCUCCAGGAAAACACUUUGCAUCUAUGUGGAUCUGUGGAUCUAUGUGGACGGAGAUGAGUUGAAUAGCAAUUGGACACACUGGUUACCAGUUGAUUAUGAGAGAAAUAUUUAUAUUUACCUAAAGGAGUGCUGACAAUGCACGGAUGGCAGCCACAUUUCAUGACUGAUUACAUACACAAAGAUAUAAAGACAUUUAGUCAACGAAUAAAUAAUCCACCUACUUUACACUUAUUUCCACCCGUCCUUUUGUUUUAGUUUUCAUGAUUGAGCUUCAGACAUACGUAGAUCCCCAGAAUGCAGAGGAAACAAUGAAAACUGAAAUUCUGAGACUUGAACAUUUAUAUCAAAGUAAAUGGGCGAAGGACUUUCUGGAAUCCAUCGAUGCAGAAGAUAAGGAGCUAGUGAAUCUUUAUAACGAUAAAUACCGGAAGGCGCUCGAAGAAGAUAGUGCUUUUCAACACAAAGGUUUUGCUCAUGAGGAAUUAUACAAUCUGUUGAAAACCAGUAUUUCACGUAAAUGGGAAAACCGAAAAAAUCUCGAUAUUGCAGAAGCUAAAUUGUUUGCGGAGACAUCAGGCAAUUUGAAGAAAGACAAAGUCCAAAUUGAAAUGAUGAAGAAGGAUUUGAUGGAAGUGGAGAAAGCAGUGAAUAUAAUCAAAGCUGACCUUCAAGGGCUGAGAACGGCAGCGGUCAUCGCAUCCAACGAAUACAGAAAUACUUUAAACGCACUGAAUAAUGCUGAAACUCCGACAGCCUAUGAGACGGCUCGUUCUGAUUUUGCUGAUGGCAAAGAGGAACUACGGGACAUGAUAAAACUAUUGGAAAUGAAGAGGAUUGAAUUUUUAAAGUUUCAAACUCCAGAAUUUAGAACAUACUGGAUCCUGGCUGAAAUGAAAGAAGAUGCCGAGCAGUAUUACUGAACUGCAGGAAAGGGAAUUUGAUUCCAGGGGAAUUCAAGCAAUACUGGUGAAGGGAAUACAAUGUUUGCUCAUCUCAUUUUUCUUGUUUAUUUAAUGGCCUCGUCGAAAAGAAAAUUUUCUUCUCUGCAACCGUCUUUCUAAUAAUUCUUUUCUUUUAAUUAAAUAUAACAUUUUCCUUAG